CGUCUGUGAUGCAUUCAGGGACGAGCGGGCGUCAGACCUGGACCUCCGCUCCGCGCGGCAGCAGAACCAGCGGAUCACAUGAUUUCGAGUCUUUUUGCGUUUGGUUUCUUUGACGACUCCACCGCGGCUGCUGCAGGGGGAAACGUUCAGCGAUGCGGACCACAGACCUGAGGAUUUAAGAGGAAAUAAAAGCGCCAUCAGCCCGCGGUUCAUCUGUCAAGUGUGGACUGAACCAGCGGUGCGGAUCCUGGACCCAUCUGGGCUGACUCAGUCCAUGUGGACAGCCCUCUCCUAAAAUGUGACACUUCUCGAACCGCAUCACCAGAAACAGCUCUGCAUCGUCCUUGUUUUGUUUACAUCGAUUAAGACAUGGCACUUCUCCGGGUUCUUCUCCCACUGCUGCUGCUGAGUGUUUCCCACCUUGCUAGCAGUCAAGACCUUGACAGCUCAGAGGAUCUCCCCAGAGGCUGCGGCUGGGGCAUUGUGCGACCCUACACACUUCUCUGUGACCUGGACUCCAUAUGGGGGGUGGCUGUGGAGUCGGUGGCUGCUGGCGGAGCUCUGACCGCCAUCUUACUGGCCUUAGUCCUCCUUUGCCGUUUACGCCACAUAAGUGAGGGCGAAAAGCGCAGUGGAGUGGGACCCAUCCUCCUGCUUCUCCUCGGGGUCCUGGGUCUCUUUGGUCUGAGCUUUGCAUACCUGAUUGAACAGGAUGAGUCACUGUGUUUGAUCCGCAGGGCCCUUUGGGGUCUGCUUUUUGCUGUCUGCUUCUCCUGUUUGCUGGUCCAGGGUGUUCGUUUGCGCAGAAUCGGUCGGGAGCGCCGAAGCCCCGGGGGCUGCGCCCUGACGGGCCUGGCACUGGGUUUGAGCGCAGUGCAGGGCAUUAUUGCUGCUGAAUGGCUUCUUCUCACUGUGCUCAGAGAGGGACGAGCUGCCUGUCAGUACCUUCCCCUGGACUUCUCACUAGCCUGCAGCUAUGUGCUGGCCCUUCUACUAGCAGCCAUGAUUGCUGCCUCCCUGGCACUUUGUGGGAAGACAAGGCAAUGGCGCUGCAAUGCCAUCUGGUUGCUGGUGGCCUGUGUCCUGUCACUGCUGCUUUGGGUGGCCUGGGUGGGCUUCUAUCUCUAUGGCAAUGAAUAUUUGGGAAGGUCCCCUGACUGGAAUGACCCAGCGUUGGCCAUCGCUUUAGUCGCUCAGGGCUGGCUCUUGCUGAUCUUCCACGCCAUUCCAGAAUCCCACAUUUGCCUGAGACCCCCACCACAACCCACUGCCCCAGAUUACUUUGACACUUCCCAGAACUCCACGCGGAUGAGGGAGACAAGCUUUGAUGAAGACAUCCCACUGUCUCACAGGCAGUUUGUGGAGAACCAGGGUUAUGGAUACAACGACGAGAACACUGCAGGCCUGAGGAGUGGUGGCGGUGCUGGGCAGCAUAACAGCAGCGGGGGCGCCAGACCCAGCGCACCAUUUCGCAGCAACGUCUACCAGCCCACUGAGAUGACCAUGAUCCUGAACGGGGGAGCGGUGAGUACAUCCUCCCAGUCACAGGUUCCCUCAGCCCCGCCCACCUACACCGGGAGGCAGUUGUGGUGAGCAGAAAGUGGAGGAAAUUCUAUUGUACACAAGGAUACAAAGGAGAAGGAAGCGAGGAUGGGGAGGGAAGAGAUCGGAAUGAGGGUCCAGCCUGGUUGGAAAGAACUAAAACUCCGACACCAACGGGAUCCUUCCCUUCUGUGUAUAGACACUUAUAACACUGACUACGUGCCAAUCAACUACUGUACGAGUGUGUGUGUGUUUGAGAGAGAGAGAAGUGUUUGGAGGACAGAGCCAAAGUCUUCUUGGGAACAAAAUUCUCCAGAAGGUCUUUAAAAACUUGAACCAGCAAGUAGCAAAAUACACCACACGCUGACUUGGAUCGGAACAAACAUCUGCUUUGACUACAGCACUGUAAGCACCCUUGAAACUGUGAAAUCUGUCAAUCGCUCUCUUCCUUUCGAUCAGGAAGUCUUUUCCACUGCUUCCUGAGUAGUUGGUGGAAACAUUUUGGCUCUGUCCUCCAUCCAUCUGGAGUAAAGAUAGCACAUGGGGGCUUGUACAGCUAAAGCAGUGCCCGCUUAAAAAUAAUCCAGCAGGUGUGAGCAGGGUAUGGGAGUGUGUGUGUGCUCGGAUUGUGCGACCACAUCCAUGAACACUUCCUAAUUUCUCUGCACUGUCUGAAUAUAUGACUCACCUCUCAUGCAUGGACACAUAAGAAACAUGGGAUGCAGUAGAGGAGGAAAGGAUGCUCAUUGGACGAUGCAAACGCCACUCAAAAGCGGGACGCUGCAGGUUCAUGAAUCUAGGUCAAACAUCUUCAGUGGACUGAACCGGCCGGAAGAAAACUGUCACUUUAUCUCAGUGGGAAACAGAGCGAGGAAACGAGUCCAAUUCUUACUUCCUUAGUCUGUGUUUGUGUACGUCGCAAAUCUGGACUCAACAUUUCUGUCACUCCUGUCUUUUGGUGCUAAAUCUGUCUGUUAUUACUCUUCCUCAGUGCGGAACAGAGAUGCAGACGCUUAGUGACAAAGAACGUGAGGAUCUAUAAUUAGACAGGAUUCACACGGCAAGUUAGAAAGACAGAGAUCAGGUAUAAGCUUAUGCUGAGGACUGAAGGAUGAGGCGAGGUAAGGAGGGAGGGGGCUUCAGGAAAAGGAUGCAGGAGAUGUAUCAUUUGUUUGGCAUCAUUUUGACCGCCUUCCCCGGAACAUCACUUUCCAUUCGACCUCAAAAACGCUUUCAUAAAAUUUUCAAAUACAAAAAACAGCAGACCGCUGUGGUGAAUGCUGCUGACACAUUUCUUGCUGUUUCAUUCACAAUAUAUAAUUCAUGGGCAUAGAUGGGAAGCUGCCAGGCUAAGCAUCAGCCCCUCAAGGACCAUGGCUCAAGUCCCUGCCCCGGGUUGAGUUUAAGUAUCUAGGGGUUUUGCUCACAAGUGAUCACACAUCCUCAGUCAUGUGCAGGGUGAAGAAAGAGCUAAGCUCUUGCCAUAGAAACAGGGUGAGAAGUUGAACCAUUAGGGAUCUCCAUCGAGAGAGUCAAGAGUUGAGGCAUGUCUCCCUUGCGAGAGAUCCAGGAUUGGGAGGAGGCCUCGGGGCUUGCCCUGGACACACUGAAGAGACUAGUUCUCUCAGGUGGCCUUUGGCUCAGGAAGUCAGAAAGUGUUGAGACAUGUGGAAUCUUGAGCUGUGCAAAAGCAUUUCCAAAAAUGUACAUGGAGUUUAUAUAUAAAGAGGUGCUCUUAAGACAGAAAGUACAGUACACCUAUCUAGAAAUCCACUGCUACGCCAUGGCACCUUUAAAUAGUAGAUGCAAAGCUACAUAAACAAAGGAAAUUGAGUCAUUUAUAGUGAAUCUCAAAUGGAAGUGCAUCGUCUCAUCCUGCCAAUUUGUGUACAUAGUCAUUUUGUACAGCUCUGCUCCUUUUUGUUAUCAUUUUUUAAAAACAUUUUUUAUGAGACACCAGCAGUUAUAUUUUUUAUCUGACUUUAUUGGCUUCAUGUAAGCUUUUAUUUAUCCCACACUGGUGUCUUCACCCAUCUAGCAGUUGUUUCUUUGCCAACUAGUUCAUUUUCACUUAAUAAAGGUGAAGGUUGGUUCUUAUUUAGACUGAAGUUCAGUUUUUGCUGUAACAGCCAUGAUGAUGAUUUAGUUUGUUGUUUUUUUUUUUCAGUUAAAGAAAAUGGCUGCAAAUUAAUUCUGGAAAUGUGCAGUACACAAUACUCAUUGUGUGGUACCUGACAUUAAUCGAUGCGAAAAUGUAUUCAGAGCUGGGCGGCAUGUACUGGUGUAACAACAUGAUAAUAAUGUAAAAUUGCUUCUUGAAUUGAACAAACAUAUUAACACAAAAGUGAACACAGUCAGAGGUGGGCAGUAAAACAAGACAGUUGACUCCGAAAAACAUAUGCAAAAACAACAACAACGAGAUAGGAAGUAGCCAAAUGAAGAACCAGAGAUGAAACAUUUAACUGCCGACAACAAGCAUUGAUGUUGAUUUUUGCUCUAGUAGACCAGAUGGAUACUGUAUGCACAUAAGAGAUUAAUCUGGUGGAGUGCAUUAUGGGAUUUGUAGGAUAAGUAGUGCGGUGCUUUAUGAAAUUAUGUAGCCGGCCCAGGUUGCACACACCUAUCCUACCCUCUACAUUCCGCUCAGCCCUGGUAAAACAGUAACAGGUUGCAACUGUCAAGUUCACGUCACGCCCACUGUGUAUUCAAAAGGAAGAGAACCAUCAGAUCAGAUUUAAUGCUGCUACAUCAGUCUCUGUGUUGGCUGCCGGUUCCACAACAUGAAGUGUCCUCAGGGUUUUGGAGAGUUCGCAUGACAGACCAAACUGUAGAGUUUCAAGUUAUGUGACUUCAUUCACUCCAUGUGAAGAACAAAAAAAAGGAAAGAUGACAUGACUUUGUUGAUUUUGCACUUGUCAACUACCUAUCUGUGCAUGCUUCUCACCAUUUCUACAUGUAAGACCUUUCUCAGAUGUACUUAUGAAGACUAACUAUUUAUGUAAGAAGUCAUGUGACAGCAAUCCUGAUUUCAGUGUUUCUCAGAUGACACAUUCAAUGUCUGUGCUUUCUUAAACACUUUAAAGAAAAAAAAAAAGAACCGGAUUGUUCUACAGUGUGCAUAAAAAUGGACUACAAGUCGGACAGUAUGGUGGAGUUUGCACAUAUGUUAGGUUUGUCACCCUCCCUGGUUUUGACUUGUCCUCUCUCCUGAGCUGUCCUGCCGUCAAGACUGUUCCACCCGGAUGCAUACGUUCUACUGGUUUUCUGAGCUGUGACUGUGCAGUGACGCAGCAUGCAUAUGUAUAAAACUUGACCCCCUCGUUAGAAAAAGAAACAAAACUGUUAACUCUUUCUGUAACCGGAAAAAAAAGUUCAAUAAAGGUGUCAUGUUUGUA